AUGGGAUUGGGAGCUCCACGGACCAAGCAGCGGUUUGGGUUGGACCCUAGAAACACAAACUGGUCAAACGAUGUGUCGCGGUUUGGGCACAGACAUCUGGAGAAGUAUGGCUGGAAGCCCGGCCAAGGACUCGGGCUGACCAAUAAUGCAACGACCUCGCAUAUCAAAGUCGUUAUCAAACAGGACAACACCGGGCUGGGAGCGUCGCUUGCGCGCAAGUCGGCGAAAAAGGACGAGUUUGACAGCGGCGAGUGCACGGGGCUGGACGUUUUCCAGCGGCUUCUGGGGCGACUGAACGGUAAGGAGGCGGAGGUAAACGAGCAGAUGGACGAGUUGCAGCGGAACCGCAUCAUCAACGGGCGGUGGGGGAUCAACUUUGUGCGGGGGGACGUGCUGAAGAGUACGUGGGACGCAAAAGAGGGAAGAAUGCGGGAAGAAAGGAAAGACAAGGACAAAAAGGACAGGAAGAAGAAGGAUAGAAAGCACAAGGACAAGAAAAAGCACAAAGAAAAGGAGAAAUCGCGGAAACGGAAGAGGGAGGACGCUGAGGUCACGCGCGAGUCGAUGCUUGCGCCGCGCGACCGUAGCGAGACGCCGCGCGACCGUAGCGAGACGCCGCCGGUGCCAAGCGGCCGCAUGGCUCUCCGACAGAAGUGGAUCCAGCAGAAGCGGCUCGCAGUCGUUGAUAGCAAGGCAUUGCAGGAGAUCUUCAUGGUGAAAUAG